UAGGAGAACCCACCGGGCCCGGCACACAUCCUCCUGAGAGAGAGAGAGAGAGAGAGAGAGAGAGACUGGUGGCUGGAUCUUGCUAAUUGUGAGUCCAACAGGACCCGAGCACCAAAAGUCAGUAAAAGACUGAUAGGCCGUGCGCCACUGCUCCUCGUCUGCUCUUCGUGUGCUUUAGCGGGGAUUAGAUUCAGCCAGAUCCCGGGCAGGACGGAUGUCCCGACGACCGCCUGCACUGAACUCGGAUCCUGACAACUGAGGAGAAGAUUUUAGUGUUUUCCCCGGUUUUUUUUUUGGAGACGACGCGGGGGCGAGCGGGCGAUCCGGUGAUCCGUGUUGCUGCUGCUGCUGCCGCUGCUGCCAUGAAGCUACCGGGCUGGAUGGCUGUGGCGCUGCUGCUCGCGCACUCUGUGUCGACACAGCGUCGCUCAUCACAGCCAGUGGAUCAGGAAAGCUCUGGAGAUGACCUCUAUGAUGAUGAGGACUAUUUCUCUGGUUCAGGCUCGGGCUACCCAGUGAUGGAGGUAGACGCCACUGAACUGGGUACGUCUUUCACCACAAAAGAGCCCCUCCCACUUUCAACCACACAGGCCACUGGACCCGCCCCCUCGGCCCCACCCGCUGCAGAGCCCAGCAGCCCCCCGGUGCCAGAAAUAGAGAGGGAGAGUGGUAUGGAUAGUGAGAGGGAACUGGAGCUGGAGAUGGAGAAAAAGAGAGAGCAGCAGAUUGAGCACGAACAGGAAAUGGAGAGAGUGCGGGAAAGAGAGAGAGAGCGAGAGAGGGAAAGAGAGAGAGAGAGGGAAAGAGAGCGAGAGAGGGAGAGAGAGCGUGAGAGGGAGAGAGAAAGGGAAAGAGAAAGGGAGAGAGAAAGAGAGAGGGAGAGAGACCGUGAACGUGAAAGAGAACGUGAAAAAGAGAGACAGAAGGCAAGAAGUACAAUUGCACCCAGAGUCCCCUUUGUUCCAAUAAUGACUACGGACUCUCUUAUGAUUGUGGAUGAGACCCCCAUUCCAACUGAAGAUAUGGAGGACCUUGGCACCACAGAAGAAGAGGAUGGUAUGUUCAUUCCCACGGAAACCUACCCCUUCGAAUCACUCAGCACAGAGGACCCCAUCACAGAUGACAUCACAACCACUGAAGCAGCUCCCACCACUAUUGCUUCCACUACAGCAAUCCCAAUCACAACUCCCGCCACACCCGGCACUCCCCCUCCGCGAUCACGAAAACCUCAACCGAUGCCCAGUAUCACUCCUCCACGACCACGGAAACCCCAAGCCACGCCCAGCCCAGCCACGCCCACUGAAAGUACACGCCCAAUGCCAGCCUCUACAGUGCAGGUAAAAACUCCAAGCGCAGACAUAAAUAAUGAAGUUGCAGUUGCUGGUCCCAGUGGGGACUCUGAGAUCCGAGAGGACGAAGGGCGACGAGGAAAUGAAGUGGGGCAUGGCAAAGGUGCAUCGGAUGUGGGGGCGGAGCCGGAUUUGACUGGCAACACAAUAGAUACAGGAAGUUCAGCUGCUCAGCUUCCUCAGAAAAACAUCUUGGAAAGAAAAGAAGUUUUGAUAGCGGUGAUUGUUGGAGGUGUAGUUGGUGCACUCUUCGCUGCAUUCCUGGUCAUGUUACUUGUAUAUCGGAUGAAAAAGAAGGAUGAAGGCAGCUACACUCUGGAAGAACCCAAACAAGCCACAGUCACUUAUCAGAAACCAGACAAGCAGGAGGAAUUCUAUGCCUAAAAUCCACACACUCUUCUUUUUUUUGCAUUCUUCCAUCCUUCUAGCCUCUUCUCCCUCUGACCCUCCUUUCUUCCUGUCAUUUCUAUCUCUGUUUUUUCCUGAAUCCCUCCUUUCUCCAUGAGAGUGCAUGCCACUCUGCGGACUUAGGACUUUCUUUUGAAUGGGAAAAAAGAUCAUCAAAAAAGGCUUUGGACAGAAUUUUGCAGAUCUGCUAGGGAGGGAUAGGGACUCCAUACAUACAAAAAAAAGAAAAAAAAAACUUUUUUUUAAGUACACGUUGCUAUUGAUAUGUUUAAGAUUGUUGUUCUAUAAAAUUAUGACAUAAAACCUUUUGUAAAGACACAUGUUCUAUAAAUGCACAAUAUUCCUCUUCAGCUGAGCAUGGAAGUCAAGAAGCAUGACAGAGGGAGUGAGGAAGGAAGAAAGGACAGAGAAGGUCAUGGUGAGACAGAGAGGGUCAAGGGAAAGGAAUCAAAAAAGAUAAGACGGAAAGAGAGAGAGGUGGAAAAGGAAUUUUGAGGCCGUGCUAUUCUGAAAAGGUCAUGCUUCUGUCACAAGGGUCGCGUUGUGCCUUCCAUUCCCCUGGUGCUAGAAGCUGAGCAUGACCACAGAAUGGUGUGCGUGUGUGUGUGUGUGUGUGUGUGUGUGAGGCUGAGGUGACAUGAAGUUGCAGCCAUCUCUGACCUUAGUAAGCCCAGUCACACAGCCACACACACACACAAACACACACACACACUCUAACACAUGGUGUAACUCCCUCUGCUGGUGAGAGUGUAUGUCAGCAAGGCUGGCCUCAAUGACUAGAAUUAUAUCUUUCGAGCAGGGAGGCUGAAAAAACUAUGAUUAACACAGCACAUAAACAUUAAGGAAACAUUUGCUGUUUGCUGUGAUGGUGCGCAUGCAAAGAAACAGGAUUAGCUAUUUCUCUGUUCUGUACAAAGACAAUUAGUUAUCAAUAGUAAAAAUAAUCAGUAAUAUAUCAGCAGUUCUGAAUGGAUGGUAAGAGAUGAUAAUAUUAGUAGUGAAGGAUAUCUAUUUAGCUGUGCAGUAAAAGUUUUACUGGUGUAAAUAUCAACUCCUUUUUUUAAUUUCAGUUUAUCAUGCUUUUAAUUAUGCCUUUUAUGUAAUAAAAUCUGCGCACGCACAUACACCCUUACAUAUAUAUCACUUUGGAAGUAUCAGUCCCAAUGUUUCAGCAAUCUAAAUAGGGAUUUUAUUUAACAUAACAGACCCUCUUGUCCAUUACUUCAGCCGAAAAAAAAAAAUCCUCAUUUUUUCAGUAUUUUAUUGAUGUUUUAUCAGGUACAAAGCACAAGCUCACAAGAAUGUGUCUCACUUUCUCACUGACACUCACACACCAUCACAUUCACACACAAUACUACACCAUUAGAUUUCCACUGGUCUUGUCUUCUGAAUGAUAUAAGAGUUAGAAGGCAUGGACUGUGUCACUGGGACAGGGGUGUCAGGAAAUAAGUAUGUGUUUUGGUCACAUUUAAAGCCAACAUGCAAAAGGAUUAAUGGUUCUGGAGGAGUACUGCAUUAAAUACAGAGGAAAUUCAGCUGAAGGAAUUUUGUUGAAAAAAAAAAAUAUUUGAGAUUCCAGAGAAGGUCAUUUUUGAUUAUGUUGCAACAUUGUGUCAAAGUGCUGUACAUCGAGGUCAAUAAAACGAAAUGGCUGCGCAGUUAGAUUUAGGUAAAAGUGCAUGAUGUAGCAAUAAUGCAGCUAUUAACAUCGACACACCCAUAAUGCUGUCACCCUUCAGUGCUGCUGAGGGAGAAUGUACACACGCUCUCGUGCAGAUUUCCACUGCCUGGCCUUAUUGUAACUUUAACAAACGCUGUAGUCACCUCUAUGUGGCGUUACAUGUUUGUCACAUAUCAUUCCAUGUGUUACAGCGGUGGGUGACAUGAGCAAGACCAUAGCACAACAUUAGAGCACCAAGUGGCGCUUAAAAUGUCCCUUACUGCCCACUGUAGCAAAUCACUGGUAGGUAAACUAACUAAUUCAUAACAUAUCACUAUGAGGGGACAUGAACGGGACAGGGCUAUGACUCUAAUAGACUGCACUGAACCACAUUACUUAACACAACCUAACCAUCUUAUUUGUAUACCACAGUACUAUAGAGCUGUAAUACUUCAGAUUUCCAUCAGUAGAGCACACAAGGACUCAAAUCAUGGAGUGCUUUUGUGCUUAUUUAAAGCAGGGGUGUCAGACACCACAGCAGAGUUCAGCAUUAUUCCUUACUCAGUACAUCAUUUAAUCACCAAUGUCUUCAUUAGUUACAUUUGGUGUACUAGAAAAGAGAAAACACAUAUAUAGGUGUCACCCCCUGGAUUAGAGUCUGACCCCCUGAUUUAAAGGCUGUGGGAAAAACUCUUGGUUGGUUGGUGUUGUAAGCAUGUGAGGUGGAUGUACAUCUGUCUGAGAUUGUAAUACCACACCAGUGCACCUGUAGCUUGAAUAUUUUUAAUAGUAUAAUCUAAUAUGUAUGAUCAUGUCAUGCCUGUGUGUGCAUGUAUGUGCCCAUGCGCUGACUGAAAUGUAUCUGCCGGAUGUUUUUUCCGCUUCCACUUUUCUUCCAUUAUCAUGGGGUUUUUUCAUGGAGUAGUAUUUAUUCAGUUAGCAGAAUAAUUUAAGCUAGAAGGCAAGACACUCCAAUACAAAUAUUUCUUAGGUUUUAUGGGUAAAAUGAUUGCACUAACUGAUUUCUCACUUCAUAAAAUAACCUCCCAGACACCUCCUACUACUGUCAUUAGUAUAACGAAUUACUGUAACACACACACACACACACCACAAAGUGUGCUUUAUAGCUAGGUCCUUGAGAAAUUCCUUAUGACCACAUAGACAUCAUGCACCUUUUGUGAUUUAGUGCACUAACAAAAUCGUCACACAGUCUCAGCAAUCACUCAUAAAUAGUAAUAAGUUUGCUUUCACAAUCAAUGUGAUUACUAGUUCAAUUUAUAGAAAUGCUCAAGCCAACAUUUGAUCAUACUUCAGGGAUCAAGAUGAUUUGAUUGUUCACAUUUUUAACAUAUGGCUUACAAGGAUACAAAAAAAAAAACAACAUACACUCAAUUUCACUGAACUAUGUAUACUGAACAUGCCAACACAACACAAAUGCACACCCACAUGCCUCCCAACACCAACACACACCUGUUCACUUGGCAAUGUCUGGUGGUCAUUGUGUGUUAAACCUGAAUGGAUUUGUCUCAGUGGAAUUUUGUUUGGUUGAUUGCUGUUUUCCCUGCCAUCUACCUUAACCUGUCACUCUCUACCCAUGGCCAAAUAAAAGGCAGGCCUUCCUGUGUUUGUGUGCCAAUCACAGGCCAGCAUGGAUUUGAUGUGAAGGUUGCCCAUUGUGUUUUAUACGUGCGCAUUUUUAAGAGCAGAGGUUUUUUUUCUCCUCAUUUGGUUUGUGUAUAUGGGGGCGACAUUCUGUCACUAAUAUGCCACUCUGUUCUAAAUAAAAGACCUGACUAGGUA